UUUUGUAUAUCUCUCUCAGACCCUUUCAUCUUCUUCCCCAAAACCUUAUCCCUCUCUAUCUCCUUAUCUCUCAUGUUCAUUUGUUAAAAAGAUUCAAUCUUUUACCUUUCUUGAACUUGUAGAGAUAAGGAAAAGAGAGAGAGAGAGCUAAAAAAUGGAAGCUGUUUUACAAACAAAAGGACUUCUUUCUUUGCCUUCAAAACCCAAAACCAAGGCUUUUUAUCCGUUACCUCUAGGGGGUUUAAGGCAUAGAUUAAAUUCUGGCCAUUCUUUAAAUACUCUAAAACCUAAGCCCUUAAAUGGGUUAUCUUUAUCUUCAAAUGGGUUCCAAAAAUUUCAAUGCUUUACCACUAAGCCUCAGCUUUUUGGCCAAAAGAAUAGAUUUUUCCCAAUUUGUAAAGCUGAGGCUGCUGCUGCAGCUGAUGGCCAGCCACUUUUUGCAGAAAAAGAGCCACCUAAGUUCAUGGGAAUUGAACUUGUGACCCUUAAGAAAAUUAUACCACUUGGGGCAAUGUUCUUUUGUAUUCUGUUUAAUUAUACAAUCCUUAGGGACACAAAAGAUGUAUUGGUUGUAACAGCCAAAGGGUCCAGUGCUGAAAUUAUUCCAUUCUUGAAAACUUGGGUGAAUUUGCCUAUGGCUAUAGGGUUCAUGCUGUUGUACACAAAGUUGGCCAAUGUGUUGUCAAAAGAGGCUCUUUUUUACACUGUUAUACUUCCAUUUAUUGCAUUCUUUGGGGCAUUUGGGUUUGUUUUGUAUCCUCUUAGCAAUUACUUUCACCCUACAGCUUUUGCUGAUAAACUUCUCAACUCUUUGGGUCCAAGAUUUCUUGGGCCAAUUGCUAUACUGAGGAUCUGGAGUUUCUGCUUGUUUUAUGUCAUGGCUGAGCUUUGGGGAAGUGUGGUGGUUUCAGUACUCUUUUGGGGUUUUGCUAAUCAGAUUACGACUGUUGACGAGGCUAAGAGAUUCUAUCCUUUGUUUGGACUUGGUGCAAAUGUUGCUCUGAUUUUCUCAGGUCGUACAGUGAAGUACUUUUCUAGCCUGAGAAGCUCUUUGGGUCCUGGAGUUGAUGGUUGGGCCAUCUCUCUGAAAGCGAUGAUGAGUAUUGUAGUGUUGAUGGGUGGGGCAAUCUGUUUCUUUUACUGGUGGGUGAAUAGAAAUGUUCCUCUCCCCACUCGUAGCCAGAAGAAGAAGGUAAAACCUAACAUGACCACAAUGGAGAGCUUGAAGUUCUUGGUCUCUUCAAAAUAUAUCAGGAAUCUUGCCACGUUGGUUGUAGCAUAUGGUAUUAGUAUCAACCUUGUCGAAGUUACAUGGAAGUCAAAGCUCAAAGCUCAGUUCCCAAGCCCCAAUGAAUACUCGUCGUUCAUGGGUGACUUCUCAACUGCUACUGGAAUAGCAACUUUCGUAAUGAUGUUGUUAAGCCAGUGGAUCUUUGACAAGUAUGGAUGGGGAGCAGCAGCCAAGAUAACACCUACAGUAUUGCUCCUUACCGGAAUUGGAUUCUUCUCCCUGAUUUUGUUUGGUGCCCCUCUAGCACCUGCUCUUGCCAAGUUCGGGAUGACUCCUCUUCUAGCAGCUGUCUAUGUGGGUGCAAUGCAGAACAUUUUCAGUAAGAGUGCGAAGUACAGUUUGUUUGAUCCUUGCAAAGAAAUGGCCUACAUUCCUUUGGAUGAGGACACCAAGGUAUGAUGACAUACUUAUUUACUGAAUGGUAUGUGGUCACGGA